CAUGACUGAAGUAGAGACUGUUGAUUGGUCGCUUCGAAUAUUCCGCUCUGUGUGAUCCAUGGCGUCGGUGCUGGAAGACCCGUCCCUGACACGCCAUUUCAAAGGACAUAAGGAUGCCGUCACCUGUGUUGACUUCAGUCCAGACAGCAAACAACUUGCAUCCUCUGCUGCCGAUGCAUUUGUCAUGGUCUGGAACUUCAAGCCUCAGUCACGAGCUUUCAGGUUUAUAGGACACAGAGAGGCUGUGACUAGUGUUCAGUUUUCUCCUAAUGGACACCUACUGGCAUCAGCCGCUAAGGACAGGACAGUUAGACUCUGGGCCCCUAACAUCAAAGGGGAGUCAACCAUAUUUAAGGCCCAUGCGGCAUCGGUACGAAGCGUGGACUUUUCAGGUGACGGCCAGUGCAUGAUCACUGCAUCUGACGACAAGUCGAUUAAAGCCUGGAGUGUUCAUCACCAGCGCUUUCUUUUCUCACUUAUCCAGCAUACAAACUGGGUCCGAUGUGCAAGAUUCUCCUCAGAUGGAAGACUAAUCGCUUCAUGCAGUGACGAUAAGACUGUGCGAAUCUGGGACACAACAAACAGGGUUUGCAUUAACACCUUCAUGGACUACAAAGGGCAUUCAAAUUAUGUGAGCUUUAAUCCAUCAGGAACGUGUGUAGCCUCUGCCGCUUCUAACAGUACCGUUAAAGUCUGGGAUAUUCGCAUGAACAAAUUACUGCAGCAUUAUCAAGUCCACAGUGCGGGUGUCAAUUGUUUGUCAUUCCACCCAUCCGGAAACUUCCUCCUGUCUGCUUCUAAUGAUGGUACUGUAAAGGUGCUAGACCUGCUAGAAGGGAGACUACUUUACACGCUUCAUGGACACCAGGGCCCUGUUUUGUCUGUUGCUUUCUCAAGAGAUGGAGAACAGUUUGCAUCUGGAGGGACGGAUGCACAGGUUUUAGUCUGGAAAACAAAUUUUGAUGUAUUUGGAAAUAAAGAAAUUAAUAAAGUGCACCAGAAAAGGCUGGUUCCUGAAGCGCCACCUCACCUAAAUGAUAUUUAUCCCCGAUCUGCUCACUUCCACAGAAGCAAUGGACAUUGCAUUGAGAUAAAUCCCAUGUUUGAAGUGGCAGAUACACAAGCCUUCAAUCCUCCCAUCUUGGAUGUUAGAAACAUUGCUUCCGAUGAACAGAUGCAACCGGUUCCUAACUUUAGUGAGAAUCACAUGAGGGGUGAAUGUAUGCCUUCACCAGGACUGCCUACUACCUCAAAUAAAAGGGAAAACAAAGGAAAAGAUCUGGUGGAUGAGAAAUCUGUUUCCCAGUCUUCCCUGAGCAGCACAUUGGAGCAUAUUGUGGAUCAGCUAAGUAUCUUGACUCAGACUGUUUCGAUAUUGGAGCACCGGCUUACAUUGACUGAAGAUAAACUCAAGGAAUACCUUGAAAAUCAGCAGAGGAACUCUACACAGUCUUGUGAAUCAGAUGGAUGAGGAAAAAUGUGAGAGCCCUGUGCAACAAGAAAUUUUACUAUGAAUGUUUUUUAAAUUAAAUAUUAUUUAUUAUGUUUUCUUGUGUAUAUAUAUUCUGUACUGUUUCCCUAAUAUUCUAAGUGGGCUUUUAUAUCUCUUCUAAAGAACAAUGAUUUUCUAGGGGUAUUUUAUUCUGAAAGGAGAUGUCCACCUUUACAACCAUUUCUCUAUUGCAUCUAACAUUGAAAAUUAAAUACAUUUGCAAGAAGUCUAUCGAUAAAAAUCAUAAAUGUCUUUACGGUUACAGACUAGAAAUGAACACUGUGGGGGAGAUUUAUCAAAACCUGUCCAGAGGAAAUGUUGCCGAGUUGCCCAUAGCAACCAAUCAGAUGGCUUCUUUUAUUUUGAGAGAGGCCUGUGAAAAAUGAAAGAAGUUAUCUGAUUGGUUGCUAUGGGCAACUUUUCCUCUGAGUCUUCUGAUCCUUCAGUCAUACUCCUGUCUGUCACCUACCUAUUUCUAACAUGCUUUCUGUAGGUUACAAGACGUUCUGGCCCGAUGGAUGGCAGUAUGAUUGUAGGAUCAGAGGACACAGGGCUUGUUUAUAAUGUGUUACCAUGAAGUCAUAUAGGUUAGCUCAGGGGUCAAAUCCUGGGAAAAAAGUGAGAGAACUCACCCAAGAUUUUCACUCAAGGGCUGGUCCUGCAAGACUCUUGCUCAUGGGAACAGUGUUCCUGCUGUGGAAAAAGUUCAGCAACUCAGUUCUGAUGUGUUCCUGCAGGACUUGAGCCCUGGGUUAGCUACAUUGUUGUUGACCCAAAACAACAGUAACAUUUUAAUCAAGACUGUUUUGAAGUUAUUAAAUUUUUCAGUACAGGCACAAAGGAGAGAUUUAAAAAGUUAUUAUUUUAUCAUUAUUUUUUUUAUGCGUAAUAGUGAUGUCACUGAAUAAGAAGAAUGCAUGCUUCAGCCCAUAGUAGAGAUAACAUAGCUUUCAGCCAUAAAAGAUCUAUCAUUAGAAUCACUAGCAACUCAAAAUAUUAAGUACAAGAUAUUGUUGGAAAGAAAAAACAAGUGUUGAGUUUCCUCUCAACAAAGCGGCACAGCAUGUGUUCUGUAGGAGGCUUCUAUGAUCCACAAUACAAUUGACAUUUUUCACCCAGAUAAGUCACAUGAAAUCUGAACACAUUACUGUUGUGAGAAUAUAAGACAUUGAUUUUACAAGUAAUCAUUGGGGACUUUGAAACUUCCCCCUGGUUCAGGUCUGUGCUUACUUUGAUCAUGCUUCAGUGUAAUUCAGACAAUAUUGAUUCCAACCUGGAAUUCUGGAGUCAGCCUAUUUAAUUUAACUGUGGAAGAAGUAAGUAAUGCCCAUAUUUUAGCGGCUAAAUAAAGUCGAUGGGGGAGAUCAAUACCUGUCCAAAGGAAAAAUUGCCCAUAGCAACCAAUCCGCUUUCUUCUUUCAUUUUUAACAAGGCCUCUGCAAAGUGAAAGAAGCAAUCUGAUUGGUUGCUAUGGACAACUGGCCAACUUUUCCUUUGCACAGGUUUUGAUAAAUCUCCCCCAAUGUGAUCAAGUGACUACGCUUUUCAAUGCAGUAAAAAAUAAGGAUAUGUUCACACAGGCACAAAGAAGGACCCAUGUGAGAGCCACAGGCAGUGCAGUUCCUUUUCAGCUGUUUCCCUGCUACCAUUGAAGUCAGUGGGAGCAGGCUUUUGAGCAGUGAGAUGGCACUGUUUCUGUGGUGGAAAACACAUUAAAAACUGCUCUGCUUUUGUACUGUUGCUUCUAGUAAUUGUUUUACAGUAUCUCCCCAAUACAUAGAAGCGGCAUAGAGGACAUUAUACAGCAGUAUUCAGCAGUGCUGCUCUAAAUCUAUAACUGGGGUGAGAUAGUAAAACACAAGAAGUAGCAGUGUCUGUCAGUCUCUCUUGUUCUCUCAUACCUUUUACAGUAAAUGUUUGUUGUUUGUUUCCCAUAUAUUCUUUUUUCAGCUGUUUAGAAUUGUGCGUGUAGGAAUAGAUUAAGAUAAUACGUGAGAGUCAUUAUACUGCAUCAAAUCUAAUUGCCUCAUAGUCAUAUAAUUAUAAUGCAUUUAUUCUACGUGCCUUAUAGUCAUUUCAAAUUUUACUUCCAUAAUUAAAAAAAAAAAAUUUAAUGUUUGGAUCGGUCGGGGUCUGGGUGUUUAGGCCCUGAAAGAAGUGGCUUACUGUGCUAAAUUUAUUGCAGGAGAUGGCCUCCUCCCACCGCUUACUAUUGAGUCUGUCUCCUUUAAUAAGACAGGUAGCAGAGGGAAGUGCUUAGCCCAGCACUUCUGAUUUAGCGAUUAAUGGAGUUCUGAAAACCCAAACCCCAACAGGUCAAAACUGUAGACAUGUCUGUAUGUCAUUUUUUAAAAAUGAAAAUAUCACUUAAAUGUGCCUUAUAUUUCUUUAUAACAUUUCCUUAUAGCCUUUAUAGCUUAGAAGCUCUCUAUGUUUGAUAUUGGGGAGAAGAACAAUAAUUUUAUUUGUAAGUUACUUUAUAGACUGUGAUUGUGGGGGUCCCAGCGGUUAGAGAGGGGAUACAUUUAAAUUGUGGGAUAACCCCUUUAGGCUGGUGUCACACAAAACAGUUUUUUGGGAAUUUGGAUUAAAAAGUAAAAAAAAAUUAUAAAGGAAGAACUUAUCCUUCCUGCUGAGUGCACUUAUUGCUUUGGCUCAAAAACUGCCAUGUGUGACACCAGCCCAAAGGUAAUUAUUUUACCUUGCAUUGUUAUCUAAGCACUUUUGGGGUAACUGGGUUGAAUACCUUCCAAAUUUACAUAUUUUGUUACAUUUGUUUUAUUUUUAUAUUUUAAUGGUGUGUCUGUAAUAAAGAUGUGGCUUUUUGUACAUGUUUUUAAUUUCUUU